AAUGGGGCGUAUAUAUUGUGUGUGGAAGCAAAUGCGUUCGAAUUGCACUGAUCAAGAUGAAGACAUACCUUGUUGGUAUCCUUCUGCUGAACGCCUGCCUUGUGAUUGCCCAUGACAGGGAAAAGUGCAAGAGAAACAUUUUGUCGAGACUAGUGAAAGUUAGUGGAAGUGUGCUGUCUUGCAAGUACCGCUGCCUGUGGACUCGGAAUCAGUACGAAUACGAAGAUGACGGAACGCCCUGUCUUCUAGGAUUGCUGCGCCACGGUGUGUGCUACAACGGAAACUGCGUGAAACAGCUUGCGUAUCCUGCGGGCAAAUAUUACGAGACGACUGAAGCCGCCGGUGGCGAACGCGUUCCUACUGCUGUAGAGACAGGAGAAACUACGGGAAAAUAUUACGAGACGACUGAACCCGCUGACGACCAGCGCGUUCCUACUACUGUAGAGACAAGUGAAGCUACGGACAAAUAUUACUAGACGACUCAAAGCGCCGAUGAGGAAAGUACUAGUUAUACUGCACAAACGGAAUACAGCACAGCAUAAAAUAUACGGAACAUACGCGUAAAAGACGACCGAGUAGAAUAAGUAAAUGUUCGAAGGAGUUCUUGAAGCAAACAGCUUAUGUUCAAAAUAUGACUGAUAAUAAACUGAAUAAAUACA